AAUCAGGAGCGUCCAUUAGAUGUAAAUAAGCUGCGGCAGUGAACUCAUGUAGCAGCUGGCUGCAGGAGGAACAGAGAGGAAAACUGGAGCGAAACAUGGUGGAGACGGCUGACAGUGAGAGGAGGAGAGCUGAGAGGAGCUCAGCAGGCAGCGGCCAACAGGAGGGCACCGGAGGACUGUGGGAUUCUGUGAAGAAAGCUGCUUUUGUCAUCGGAUCCGGAAUAUUAUUCUUGGCUGCCUUCGGCAACUCCCUGACAUGGCACCUUCAGAAAUUCUGGGGAGCUUCAGGAGACUUCUGGCAGAACAUGUGGACCAAGGUGUACCUGGCAUUUGAAGGUCAUGAUGCUGCUUUGUUCUUUCUGGGAACCAUGUUGGUUCCAACUUCAGCGUUCUGGGUUUUAAACGGUCUCCUGCUGUUGGUGGACACCUCUGGUAAACCAUCUUUCAUCACUCGUUACCGCAUCCAGGAGGACAAGAAUAGUCCAGUCGAUCCUACGAAGCUGAGACAGGCGGUGAAGACCGUGCUCUUCAACCAGGUAUUCAUCUCUGUACCCAUGGUGGUGGGCAUUUACUUCCUGAUGAGCUGGAGAGGCGACGCCUGCGGCCCAGAGCUACCUACCUUCCACUGGGCCCUCAUGGAGCUGGCGGUUUUCUCCAUCUUGGAGGAAAUUCUGUUUUACUACACGCACAGGUUGUUCCACCAUCCCAGCCUCUACAAGCAUUUCCACAAACAGCACCAUGAGUGGACUGCUCCCAUCGGAGUCGUCUCCAUCUACGCUCAUCCUCUGGAGCACGUGAUCUCCAACAUGCUGCCUGUGGUAAUCGGGCCAGUGAUUCUGGGCUCACACAUCACCACCACCUCCAUGUGGUACUGUGUGGCUCUGGUCAGCACCACCAUCUCCCACUGCGGCUACCACCUCCCCUUCCUGCCCUCGCCCGAGUUCCACGACUUCCACCACCUCCGGUUCAACCAGUGCUACGGGGUUUUCGGCAUUCUGGAUCGGCUCCACAGCACCGACUCAAAGUUCAGGCAGACGAAGCAGUACGAACGGCACACCCUGCUCACCAGCCUCACCCCUCUGACCCAGAGCAUCCCCGACACGCCCAAGAAGGGCCAGUGACAACCUGCAGCUUCGGAGCUUUAAGUUCUCAAUCAGCUCUGGUCAUUUUUAUCCCGUCCUAAUCAGUGUUGAAGCCUGGGGAACCGGAUCUCUGUGGUCACACCAUAAUUACAACUUCACCACAGCCUGGCCUUUGAUCCGUUAACAUGUUAGAACCUAAUUAUUCAUGAAGGAAAUGUUCAUCUCCUACCUUCCACAGCACCAAGUGAUGUAACUCUUAUAACAAUGAAUGUAUUAUUUUAGUGUUGAACGUUUAAUCCAGGGUGAUGUAUUAAUCUUUUCUAGCAGUACUUAAAGCUCCCAAGUCCACGCUCUUCUGAUGCGUUUACUUGUAGCUCCGACAGGGGAGACUCAGACCGUGGAGCAGCACGUUCUCGUAGCAUUUGGACUCAAAUGUUAAAUGUCUUUUUCUAUUUUCCUAACUGGGGAAUAUGCAUCCAUCUAAGGUAGAUAAAAUGUGGAGAAUGUUUCGAGAUGACCUUUUAAAGAUGAAAAUAUAUUUCAGAAAUGUUA